GAGUUCUGUGAGACAGAUGCCGAGAUUACAGCAGUUGAUAGAACUCUGGAGACGCUUGCUUUUCCAAUGUGGGCUUCACAAACCAUCUACAUAAACAGAUGUUGAAACAAAACAUAGAUGAUUGAGAAGAAGACGAGUCCUGACAGAACAGGCCAAAGGGAGCUGCUGAAAUGCCCAUGACCUCAUAAGACCAAAAAAUUCCUUAGGAAUCUUUACUGCAGCAAGACUGGACUUAUGGGAAAAAACAAAAAAGGUCUGAAUAUGCGAGCGAUUGUGGGCAUCAUGUGUCUGUGCCAGUGCGUCGUCAGCCAGCUGUUGUUGGCCAAAGGGAAGACAACUUCACCACGAUUCAUUUGCAGUGUCCCAGGUCUACCGGGUACGCCGGGAAAGCCGGGACCGCCCGGGCCUUCAGGGCUUGAAGGCCACGUUGGAAUUCCAGGAAGGGACGGCAGGGACGGUCGUAAAGGAGACAAAGGCGAGAAAGGGGAAGCAGGAAUUAAAGGAAAAGUUGGACCAGGCGGCAAAAUCGGUGAGCGUGGGGAAAGAGGUCUGACUGGUAAGCGUGGCCCAGAGGGCGACAGAGGAGACACAGGACAUCCAGGACUUGAAGGAAAGCCUGGAUUGAGAGGAGAAAAGGGCCACAGGGGUCCACAAGGAACGCCAGGCAAGUGCCUCUGUGGCAGCCUGGUACCCAAGUCAGCCUUCUCUGUAGCCAUCACCAGCAGCUACCCAGCUGAGAAAGUACCAAUCAAGUUCAACAAAGUCCUUUUCAACGAAGGAGGCCAUUACAACCCACAGACAGGAAAAUUUAUAUGCGCAUACCCCGGCAUCUAUUACUUCUCCUAUGACAUCACGUUGGCCAAUAAGCACUUAGCCAUCAGCCUGGUGCAGAACGGGGAGUACCGCAUUAAGACAUACGAUGCCAAUACGGGGAAUCACGACGUCGCUUCUGCCUCGACUGUGAUAUUCCUCAACCCGGAGGAUGAAGUGUGGCUGGAGAUCUUCUUUAAAGAUCAGAACGGCUUGUUUUCCGAUCCGAGCUGGGCAGACAGUCUCUUCUCAGGGUUUCUCCUCUAUGCAGAUACUAAUUACCUGGAUACACUGUCAGAGGACUAUUCUUAGAUCCCUUUAAGGAUUAAAAUUAUACUAAGGUGAACUCUGUGGGCUUGGAUUAUAAUAUUAUUUUCAGUAUAAACAGAUGAAUAGUGGUUAGAGUGUUAGAAACACACCUCUGGGGUUGGGGGUUCUGUGUGCUCGGAGUUUGCAGUUCUUCUGCAGCUCUCCAGUCCAGAGACAUGCUUUGUAGGCUGAUGGACAUCUCUAAAUUACCCUCGGUGUGUAUGUGUAUUUGUACCCUGUGAUGGACUGGAGCCCCAUCCAUGGUGUACCUUUCCUAAGAUAGACUCUAGGUUCCCCACAACCCUGUGUAGGAAAAGCAGUACCAAAAAUGGAUGGAUGGAUGCUUGUAAAUGAUAUAUAGGUCUUCCAUCAUUAUGUUUUAAACAAAUAAACAUAUUUUUGCUGAUUUUACUCUACAUUCCAGUGGACUACUAAACCCUCCUAUACUUGGGAUAGCUUUCCUGUUUGUUCCCCCGGUGAGUUUUUGAUGUAUAUAUACAGUAUAUAUUUCCAGAUCAAUAUUUCCAGUACACUUUUCCUUACGAACACAAAUCUUUAUAGCAGAAUUGCUGAAAAUUGUUUAUGUAGUUCUGUAAUAAUCUGAAGCUGUAAAUUCCAUCUGAAUUCUUCAAAGAAAAGCAAAUCACAUGGAGCCAUUGACCAAAAGAUAUCUGUUUAUACUCACAGAAAACUAGCGGAUGAUUCAAUUUUCUCCUUCUUGUGAUCACUGUCUUCUGAAUUCUGCAUUUC